AUGGUGUUCAGGUCCCCGCUAGAGCUUUAUCCCACCCAUUUCUUCUUGCCAAACUUCGCCGCCGACCCGCACCACCGCUCCCUCCUUCUCGCCAGCGGCGGCGGCGGCGGCAGCGGCAGCGGCUCGGGCUGCAGCCCCGGGGCCGGCGGCGGCGGAGGCGGCAGCUCUCGGGCACCCCACGAAGAGUUGUCAAUGUUUCAGCUGCCCACCCUCAACUUCUCCCCGGAGCAAGUGGCCAGCGUCUGCGAGACGCUGGAGGAGACCGGAGACAUAGAGAGGCUGGGGAGGUUCCUCUGGUCGCUGCCGGUGGCGCCGGGGGCAUGCGAGGCCAUCAACAAGCACGAGUCCAUCCUCCGCGCCCGGGCGGUGGUGGCCUUCCACACGGGCAACUUCCGCGACCUCUACCACAUCCUGGAGAACCACAAAUUCACCAAGGAGUCCCACGGCAAGUUGCAGGCCAUGUGGCUCGAAGCGCACUACCAGGAGGCCGAGAAGCUAAGGGGUCGCCCGCUGGGUCCGGUUGAUAAAUACAGGGUGAGGAAGAAGUUUCCGCUGCCCAGGACCAUUUGGGAUGGCGAGCAGAAGACGCACUGCUUCAAGGAGAGGACUCGCAGCCUCCUGAGGGAGUGGUACCUGCAGGACCCUUACCCCAACCCCAGCAAGAAAAGGGAACUGGCUCAGGCCACGGGGCUCACUCCUACACAAGUAGGCAACUGGUUCAAAAACCGAAGGCAAAGAGACAGAGCUGCGGCAGCUAAAAACAGGCUCCAGCACCAGGCGAUAGGACAGAGCGGCAUGCGGUCGCUGGCAGAGCCCGGCUGCCCGACACACAGCUCGGCCGAGUCUCCGUCCACGGCGGCCAGCCCGACCACCAGCGUCUCCAGUUUGACAGAAAGAGCCGAGACGGGCACCUCCAUCCUCUCGGUAACCUCCAGCGACUCGGAAUGUGAUGUAUGA